CGUAUGAAUGAAGCGUGACGGCACACUGGUAGCCUAGCGUACUAUGUACUACAAUAGUUUCUACGGGCUGGAUAUGUGACUUGCUCGCUUGGGUGCGCCGCUCACUCGCCUGCCACGGUGUACCGGGAAAGACACGCAUGUUUUUUUACGUUUCGCAGCGUUGACGUACAGUGUCAACCGAUUGGUCAUCGAAACUACGCAUGAGAAAAUUUAGCGCAUGUGUGCGUGUGUCUGUGUGCUGCCUCGACAGUCUAUGAAGCUGGAUACUCGAGCGUGGAAAUACAGCGAUACUUUGUGAUGCGAAUACUGUUCAAUUUUGUGCGGAACACUUCAUGCCACAGGCAUGGGGGAAAACAGAUCACCUGAUAUUAAUUCCUCGCCUGUGAACGAAUAAAGAUGCCAAAUAACUCGACCAAGGACACCGCGGGCGCGGCGAUCGUCGCGCGGCAGCCGGCCACGUUCGGAACUAUGGCCGAGAAGAAGAGCGACCGGUCCGCCGAAGACGAUGAGGCUUGCUGUCUGAGUGGCUGCCACUCGCCUCGCUGGCAACCAUGUGCCAACGUCAAACUGUUCGUGGGGAACUUCACGGUCGUAUUGGUGCUUCUCAGCAUUUACAGCACGUACCAAAUAGGUGUACUAACGACCAUCGAGAGACGAUUCCAGUUUCCCAGCAAGUACAUGGGCGCAAUCUUAGCAGCAAACGACAUCGGCAGCGCCUUCUUCGUGAUGAUUCUGUGUCACAUAGGAAGCAACAAGCGCAAGCCAGCUUUUAUUACAUACAUAGUUCAGCUCUCUACCCUGGGCAUAUUUUUGGCGUCUGUGCCACACUACAUCUACGGAGGUGGUGGCCCGACAGCCAGCGCAGAGGUGGUCGUCUGCACUUCUCCACUCGACAAUAGGACGGAACAACCUGUCUGCGUUAGCAACGGAGCUUUCGUCAGCAGCGAGAGUAGAGUGGCCUUCAUACUGAUGUUUCUAGGCGGACUGCUCAUCGGUACCGGCUUAUCGCCGCUGUACAGCCUCGGUGUGGUCUACAUCGACGACAACGUCCAGCAUAAGGCGACAGUGUCAUAUUACAUGGGCAUAACGCAAGCUGUUCCUCUGGUCGGUAUGAUGGUUGGAUUUCUACUGGCCGCGCUCACCGUCUUACUUCCAGAUGAUCUCAAAGAUACGACGCUAUCACCCGACGAUCCGGCCUUCAUGGGCGCAUGGUGGCUUGGGUUGGUCAUCGUUUCCGUGGUUCUCGUCCUGGUCAGCUUUCCUAUGGCGUGUUUCCCUAAACGGCUGCCAGGGGGCGCUAGUAAUCAGGCGCGGGGCGAUGAAGCAGCCGACGGUAGAAACAGUGACAAAGCUGCGAAGACAGAGGAAGCGCAAGCUGUCGAAGCAGCAGAACAGCUGUUCGAAAAAAUGAAGGCAAAACCUAAAGAGAUGUUUAGAGAGGUAUGGAGGUUGCUGAAGAACCCAGUUCUAGUGUGCUUCGCGUUAGGUGGCGCGCUAGACAUGUACAGCUUUUCCUUUCUCUCGUUCCUUCCGAAGUACCUGGAGCGACAGUUCGGUCAGACGGCCUCCACGUCCAGUAUUGCAACAGGGUUCGUGGUUCUAGUGGCAGCAGCUUCGACGCUAGUUGCUGGCUACAUGAUUAGACGCUUCAAGGUUCAGCUUAGGGGCAUUGUAGUCAUCACCCUGGCAUUCAGCCUGAUUACCGCCAUCUUUGGGUGCAUCUGUAUGCUGGUGGUCGGUUGCGCGAUUCCAUGGGCCAGCGAGACAGACACACAGCCUUUGGAGUUCAACACGACCUGUAGCGAUGGUUGCUCGUGCGAACACAGCCCAUUCAGCCCUGUCUGCUCGGAUAUAACGCAGCUCGUCUAUUUCUCGCCCUGCCAUGCAGGUUGCACGCUAGCUGACGAGCAAAACGGAACACAGGUGUUCGCGAACUGUAACUGUACGAACACGGUCGCGCGGAGUGUGCAGCGUGGCAUAUGUGAACAGGACUGCCCAGCCGUCUACGCCUAUCUAGUCGUCAUCUACCUGGCCAUCCUGCUGGCUGCGCCAGGAUUCCUUACAACCAUAAUCGGACGUAUACGAUGCGUGGAAGUAUCGCAGAAACCGCUGGCCAUGGCCAUCGGCUCGCUCACACUCACCAUGCUCAAUAGCCUGCCUGGACCUGUCAUCUUCGGUGCAGCGAUUGACUCCACGUGUGUCGUCUGGGCGCAGGGUACAUGCGAAGGGGAAACGGGAGCCUGUAUCGCCUACGAUCACACUAGACUCAGACAUGUCUUCCACGGAGUGCUAGUCGCCUUUAAACUCGCUGCGGCUUUAUGCUAUGCGUUCGCCUGGUACAAAGUCAAAGGACCGUACCUCGGCGACAGCGACGAUGAUUACGUAGUCCAUAGCGACACGUUGGCAAGCUACGACAACAAGGCUUUUUCGUCUAGUUCUUCAGUGGCGACUACUAAGAAACACACUGAGGACUGAUCGCAACACUCCAACACCUAUUAAUCUAGCCAUUAUCUAUUAUAUAUAAAGUUGUUCAGCCGAAUUAGAUAGUUAGAUUUUUGGGGUAUUUUUCUUCAACCAAGAGUAACGCCACUGAUUUCCCCGGGCAACGCCGGGUAUCCCGCUAGUAAUAAUAUAAUGAGACUACGUCGUUCGCAGAAUAACAAAAUGCGGUAUGUAGCUCAGAUUUUAUUUCUGCCGCGCCCACACUUAACCUUAGCGGAACAUGUAAAUGUCAACGUGUGUUGUACGGUAUGUGACGCCCGAAUCGGUUUAGGCCAGGCAUGUCGACACGUUCUAUUACUUCAUUAUAUUCAUAUUCAUUAUAGUCACUGUUUCCAAAUGCACGAAUGCACACGCAGUGGUCUUGAUAUUGAAGCCUUUGCGUGUGUAACGGGUCUCUGGCGUAAGGCGGUGAUGAAAGGGAGUAACGUAAAUUGUAUAAUAACGCACAAAAGAUGGAAACGUGUGCAUGAUAAUACCGUAUGUACAUGUAUUGUAACCUAUGAUACACUCUGUAUACAGGGUUCGUAGCGGGUCUUCCAAAGUCUUAUAAGUACUUAUUUUGCCAAAAAUAAAAUAAGGGCCCUUAUUAG